AUGUCUGGAAUAGCUAAUGAUGCUGAUGCUGCUCCGACUGUCGCUGAUGACGGUGGUGAUGAUGACAAUUCGUUGAAGACGAAAAACUCGGCCAGCAAUUUUAUGCCGGGCCAUUUAGGCGGUGGUGUUACAACAAUUUUUUGCGAUUUAAACGAAACACUGGAGGAACAAAAUCUUUUGGAAAGUAAGGAGAUACCAGAACCACAAACGAUGGGUGAAAUUCGAAGUGAGUGCAAAAAUGAUAAUAAAAAUCAGCAGCAACAACAACACGACCAACAAAUGGUCAACGCAAACUUAAUGGUGGGCAGCGUGGAAUGGGUAAAGGUGGAAAAGCCAGAGACGGAGAAGGUGAAUGAAACAAAAACACCAGUUACGUGUGUAAAUGUACACUUAAAUAGUCAUAGACAAACGACAGACGUUGUGGAAGUGGUAGUGGAAAGUGACAGCAAAAACGACGUUGACCGAGGUAGUGUGGGCAGCGCAGCUGGCGUUGCCAGAGAGGCUGGCAGUGGAGAGCUUUGGUCAAUGACAGCAACAGCAGCGGCAGUGGCAUGCGCAGAGCUGCCAUUGCCAGUGAAAGAGACAUGUCAAAACAUAACAGCGAUUAGUAGUAGACGACAAGUGACAAAGUCAGAACCACCAGUGGAUGAAGUAGAAAAUACAACAAUAUUGCCAACUAGUUGUUGUUGUUCGUGUUCUAUACCAUCACACCACACAGAGAGGAAUUUGGCAUUAUCCUCUCAUCAUCAUCACUCAUUGAAUGCCAAUGGAGAGAACUCACCACAACAACGAUUCUCUAUUUGUCACAACAGCAAAUCCUUGCCAAGAGCGGAGGAGAGUAAAGAAAAUCUACAACAACAGCAACAUUGCCACCAACCAUCCGCCAGUGGUGCGUAUACGUUAAGGGAAUUUGCAAAAUGUCUGAAACCAUCAGCAGACGAGGAUGAAAAAAUCAUCGUCGUCGUCGUCGCCGAUACAUACACAUCGCCAGCUAAAACAUUCAAAUCAAAAAGUGAAAAUUUGCAAAAUUCAAUCGAAGAAAAUCGAAAUGAAAAAGAAAUUGAAUUUGUCAAAGAAAACGAAUUAACGGAAAUUGUUGUGAAAAAUCAAGUGAUUCCAGUGCAGGGUAGAAGUGAAACAAUUCAAUUCUUCCAAGAAAAUAAAAGUGCUUCGUCUGUUUUAUGUAAUGAUAUACUAAAAAUUUCUCGGGAUAUAGUCGAUGGGAAAAGUGAAGAAAAUCCUCUGGAAAUAGAAGAGAAAAAAUUUGAGAAAAAAGAAAAUUUUGAAAAUUGUGAAUAUUUUUUGGCGUUGAGACGUGGAGAACACCAGACGACCUGUGUCGAAAAAGCAGACCAGACAAUUGUAGACAACAAAGAACUGCUGACGACAGAGACGGCCAUCAGUAGUGCAGGGCUAAAGAAAAAGGAUACACAAUUCAGUGGCCCUGGAAUUCGUGGGAAUUUGGAGAACUGUCAAAUUCGUGCGGAAAAUUCGGAAAAUCGAAGAAUUUUGGAAAAUUGUGAAAUUUCCUACGCGGACGAGAGUAGGGAAAAAAUCUAUACCAACAAAAAUUGUUCAUUAUCAUCAUCAUCAUUGUCCUCAUCAUCGGCAGGAACACCACCAGCAGAAGGACCACCAACAAAGUUAGGACUUUGUGUUGAAAAUAAUGUAUGGUGGACGACAAAAAACGAAGGCCAGCAGCAGGUGACGACGAAACGACAAGGUAACAACGAUUUCGACGACGACGAAGCCAACGUCAACGGCAUCGAAAACGACGACGACCAGCAAAGGCAAUGUGACAAGACAAAGGAAUAUUUAAAUACAACAACAAAUCGAGAAUACACAAUAUUUAAGAGCAGUGAGAAUAACAACAACAACAAGAAGACCAACAACAAAUCAGCAAAUCUUAAUGAAAAUCUAAAUAAUGAUGAAGUAUGUGGUCAAAGGACUAAAACAUAUGGCAUUACAUUAACAAAAUCCCAAGAACCCAAACAACAACAAGACGAGGGUCACAUAAAACUCUUGGAGGGUGGUGGUCCCCCCAACGAUAACACCCAUCAUAGCCAAAAGCAUUAUCUCGUUGAGCAUGAUGAUGAUAGAUUGCCCAAAAAUUUAUUUAUAGAACAAAAUAGACCUCACCAACGGCGUGGGAAAUUCCCCGAAGAACAGAAAGAUAAAGAAGUUAAAGAGAAAUAUGAAUAUGUUCAUCAAAUAAAUGUACACAAUUUUGGAAAUCAAGAAAUUCUUGGAAAUCAAACAACAGAAAAUGCAACUGGGGUCCAGGAAAGUAAUACAACUAAAAAUCCUCCCGAAAAUAAAUCAAUAUAUCAAAGAAAUCAUAAUCCCCGUGACUUGUUAAACAAAAAUUCUGAAAAUUGUAAUUUAGGAAUUGUUCAUAAAAUCAAUGAAAAAGUUCAUAAAAUAUUACCUAAAUACAGUGAACAAAAUUUUAAAGAAAAUAACCCAGAAAUAAGUCCAGAAAAUGAAAAGAAAAAUAUUUGUAGAGAAAUAACAACUUGUGCAAUUGUUCAUAGAAAUAAUGAAAAAAUUCCUAAAAAUUAUGAACUUCCGAGAGAAGAGAGUUUGAGUGAGAAUCUGGGAAAAGAGAGUGGAAAAUCGCGAGAUUUUAAUAAAAAUUUUGAAAUUGAAAAUAUUAAAAAUUGUGAACAAAUUCCUACUGAGUGUGAACAAAUUCAUAAAAAGUGUGAACAAAUUCCUACUGAGUGUGAACAAAUCCAUGAAAAUUGUGAAAAUUUCUCCAAACCUCGAGAAAAUUGUUCUGAAAAUACUGCCUUGGAAAAUUUCGAAAAAUAUCUGGAAAAUCUAAGGCAAAAAAGUUAUUUAAAAGAAAAUGAUAGUAAAACAAAAACAAAUCAUAGCAAAAACACAAUAAAACCGUGUGAAACAGAAUCAACAAUACAGAAUACAGAAAAUAAUAACAGUAAUAAAAGUUGGCAAGAAAAUAAGCCCCAAGAAAACGAAGAGAAAGAAAACCAAAAAACAUCUGUGAAAAAUCUCAGCGAACAGAACGUAAAGGCAAAGCAAGGAAAUCAGCAGUUGAGUCAAACUUGGCUUACAAAUGAAAAUUUUUCGGAAAAUCCACAAAAAUCUAAAUGGGCGAUUAAAGAGGAGGGAUUAGCCAGACAAAAUCCUGAGGAACCCUUGAAUAGCGAGGAAUUUGAGGCUAGUCAACGUUUAAAACGUCUUUUGAAUACCAUACCGCCGUUGAAAUACCAGACGACAUUGGAACCAAAAAAACAAGUUAAUAAUCAAACUGCAACAACAACAACACCUAAACUAGAACAAGAAGAAGAGUUGAAAUCCUUGAAUUUGCUUAACAAACAGCAAAAGCCAUAUAAAGAGCCUCACAGCAGCAACAACAACCACAACGAUACGACGACCAUUGUUUUGGGGGAAGAAGGCCUUCGAUAUCUCCAUGUUAAGGACAAUUCAUUUGUUAGUCAAAGUAACCACCCCCUGGUUGUAUUAAAUUCAAAAGCCACAACAGAAACGCCAGCAACAACAACAACACCAACAUCGAAGGCUAACAAACUUCAGGCAGACUGUGAAACAACUUUAGAAAGGUCGUCCUUAACAAAGAAAGUAGAGUAUGGGAUACCAACACAUAAAGGAAAUAUCCAUCAAACCAACAACAACACCUCCCACCCCACCACCACCCACAAUGCCAGUAUCAGGCCUACAAGUAGCAGUUAUGAUGUAAAACAAAAUACACAAAAAAUAGACGAUAAAGAAGAAGUGGAUGAAACGCAUCCAAAGCAGAACCCACAACAAACAAGAAUAGCCCAAGAAAACGGAAUUCCAAAAACACAAGUGAGCGUUCACAGGGAGCAGCUCCAAACGUCGGAUGUAUUGGCCAGGCAAACGACAAACUCACCACAGGCAUAUGUCACAGCCAAGGUAGUGCGUUUGCGCCAACAACAACAGCCUGAGACGACAGUCAGCCAUUUGACAUUAGACCAGCAAAAGCAACAAACACAACAACGCUCCCACACAAAGCCAACAACGUCGUUAGCAGUAGCAGCAGCGGCGGCGGCCCCAACGUCAGCAGAGCCCAACAGAGACCCCCAAGAGCCAGUGAACAAAAAUCACCAACACUUUAGUCAUACACAGUGCCAGGAGCAGCGACAGCUCCAACAUCAAAAACAGCCAGACAAUGGAAAUCAAGCAAAUGUAUCGCCGCCUUGGUUUCCCUUAACCAAAGUUGAUUUGAACACCCGCACCCGGGAGAGCUGCGAAGUCUCCACAGAAUCACCCACUAAACGGCGUUGCAACCUAAAUUUGCAACACAUUGUCAAUACCAAAGAGUUGCUUAAACGCCAGCAACAACAACAACAAAAACAACACCCAGAGACUGCCUUUGCAUCAAGGGAUACCCACCAAGAGGAGCCCACAUCUGCUGCGGCAUAUAAAAGUGCAUUUGUGCCAACCAAACCGGAAAUAGAGCCGCGUUUAAUACCACGAAACGGAAAUACAGCAGAGACUUGUCUAAAUCAUAAUAAUCUCCAUACGGCGGCAAGUCAAGCGGAUCUUGCAGUGGGUCCAGCUGAGUUUGAUACACAACGGUUCAGUGAGUUUUUACAAAAACAAUAUCAGGGGGAGGAAAGGGAGAACCGAAAUAACAAUAACAACACCACUACCACUACUACACCACCAUUUACGGCUGUUGCUGGUAACAAUCUCGGCCAAGAACACGUGUUAACGGAGUUUUUCAGGCCCCUUAUCUAUCAGUGUUAUGAUGAGCUGCUACUAGAACAGGAAACCGGGAAUUUUAAUUCAAAUUUUAUACAACAACCAAUUGUUGCUGAGCAAUUUACCCCACCGGUCACCAGGGAAGAUGAUGCGGACUCAAUAAGUUCCACAACUUCAUCUCCAUGUGGCUGUUUAAAUUGUCAGCUUGAAGAAGAAGCAGCAACAAAUCAAUCCGCAACUUUAACGUCAACAUCAUCCUCACCUCCACCACCACCUUUACCGGCACGCACAGCCGCCCUGGUUGUCGUUGCAAGACGUUCCCUAGCAAAACCUAACUCUAGCAACAACAACACAAAUUCAAACAAAAUGCGUGAAGUUAACGGUCAACUGCGUGGUUUACUCAAAAAACCGAAUCGUCCACCGCCCGCGCGUAAAAAUCGUGUCGUGUUCGAUGAGACGCGUAAUGAAUUUUUCGAAGCCGAUUACAUUAUUCUAAUACGUGAGGACUGCGCCUACGACGAGGAGGACGAGGAGCCAUGCACGUGCGGCGAACAUGAACUGGUGCGUCUCUGCUGUGAGGAGGGCUGUCAGUGUAACUAUUCGACGACGGCACCGGCCGCCGCCACAGAUGACAGCAAUCGUACACCACAGAGUCCUAAAUUCGCACCACCCAUUGAGUUUGUCGAUGAGGCAGCACUUAGUCCACCCGAUGGCUACAAGGAUAAUGGCCUGAAAAACACACUUGGCGGUGCUCUGAGCGGACACAUCUUUGGUGCCCAGCACCUGCAGCAGUUGCAAGUCAUUCAGCGUUUGCAACAGCAACGAGCUGCCAUGCUGGCUGCUCGCAACAAUUCACAAAUUCCGCCACCACCUCCACCCGUUAAUCAACAGCAGCAGCAACAACAACAACAACAGCACCCGUCGUCACCAGCAUCCGGUGCGUCGUCGGCAGCAGGAACAGCAUCAUCGGCCACAUCAAACACCUCGGUACCAACAUCGGGAUCAGCAGCCAAUAACGGCGGCAAUGUUGCGACCACCAUUCAACUGCAACAUUCGCCCGACGAUGAUCCACAGGGGGUGUGCACGGAAUGUGCGGAGUGCGCUGAAUGUGCGGCAAAGCAAUUACAGCAGGAUACAGAGUGCCAUUCGCCCCAAUGCCAGGAGGAUUUGACAGCAGCACCUUUGGGCGUACCCGCUGUGGCCAUACUGCCAUUGCACACCAGUUCGCCCGAACGGCGUAUAACACAAAAGGAAAUUAUUGCCGGUGAGGAGCGACCCCGCUAUGUACUGCAGGCCCAGUAUAAAUCAUCACCAGUGACCGAACGGCGUAUUGUACGCGAAGCUAGCGAAGAUCUGGCAAUACCGACGUCAGCAGCCGGUUUAGAUGAUGAUGACGAUGAGGAUCUUGUGCCACCAGCAUUGCCAGCCAAGCCGGCAACAAUGCAAAGUGGUGGUGGCCUCAGCAACGAUAACAGUGCGGACAAUAGUGAAAAACCUCCACCAAUACCACCCAAGGAAUCAUCGCCGACCACACAGAUAAGCGGCAUCCUCAAGGGUGGCAAACUAUGGAAACAGGAUUCAAUAUCACAGUCCGAUGACCAAAAUAACACAACAUCCGAAGAUGAAGCCGGUUCAAUGUCAAAUCACAGUACAAAACGUUCGGUACGUUUCGUAACGGAGGAUUUGAAUAAUAGCUGUGACGAAAUCGACGGAGCCUCAUCAUCGGUCGACGAUGUCAAUGAUAACCAGAUCAAUGAGCUAAUACCGAUCAAGAAACACUCGACUUUGUUCAAAAAUGCCCUGCGGCCCAAUUCGGCAGUGCAACAAUUGUUCCCCUCUAGUGUGGUUCAUCAAACUCUUACCUCAGAAGCUUUAAGGGCAUUCGAUGAAUCGAAGAGGGCCGGUUCUUUGGUCUCCACACUGCCCGGGGCAGCUGGGGCAGGGGAUUCGGAUACACUGCGUCGUAGCAUGGAAAGGAAUAUACUGAGACGUUCGUUGAUCAAGAAAAAAGCUGUUAAAUCGGAUAUAUCUCUGGAGGAUCGUAUUCGCCAGCUAACCUGUGGCAUUGAUGAGGACAACGAUGAAUCCAAUAUGGAUAAUGGUGAUGAUGAUCUAAGCAAAAGUGAAGAUGGUACCGAUUUUUCACAUCGCGACAGUCCUGCCGGCGAGGAGAAUCCUCAGAAAUUCACCGGCAAUGGUGGGGCCAAUAACAGUGACAAGAGUUUCUCACCCAACUCCUCGGUAUCAAGUUCGUCAAGUGGUUCAUCGGCCUAUAAGAAAAUCACAGAGAUUUUCAAUCGUGACAAGAAGUCGCAGGAGAAGAUUAUGGAAAUGGAAGAGAAUCCUAUUGUUAUAAUACCUCAGGAAUGUCGCUGUCCGGCAGCCCCAGAUUUGGGUAUGGGCGUCCAAGUGCCUGUAGUACACACACAAAUCCAUCGUACACCUCCCCGACAAACAGAACCAAAACGUCAAUUCCUCUCCACGCUGGCCCCCCUGACAGCCUGUGUGGCUGGCAACAAAGAUGACUUGUCGUCAUAUUACACCCUGGCAGCGGCCCAUCACAAUCAGGCCGCCCAACAUAUACAUGCCUCCGAGUAUAGCCUAUCGGCUUUGGUGGCCGGCGAUCCCAAUGUUACGGGGAUGGGCCAGGGGGUGGGAGGUGAUGAGGUACGCAAAGUUGCUCCUGAUGUCAUUGCUGGCACACCGGGUCAAGAGCAGCAGGAUGAAUUGGCUGCCUUUGCCCAACAGGAUGCAAAUCGAACGGAGAAGAUCAAGAAACGUUAUGGCAACGAGACCAGCACAGGCGAUGACAACAGCAAGGAUGGCAAGAAGAAAGACAAAGAUAAGGAUAAAGACAAGGAUAAGGACAAAGACAAUUCGGAUGAUGAUGAGGGCAAUGACUACGGCUUCAAUAAACGACCCUCGGUGCGUGGCAUCAAACCCAAAUUCAGUUCGACCAAUGAAAUUCUACAACAAAUGCAAGAACAACUUACCCAACAAAUGCCCAGUGUGACCCAGAGUCAAGCGCUGCCGCAACCCAUGAAAAGCUAUACCUUGCCAAAACAAUCCAGUAGCAGUGCCAUGAGUAAACAAAUCUCCCAACAGCCAUCACCCCAGAAUGUACCCCAUCCCACCAUGGUGGCAUCGUCCCAGACUCAGCUGUCCCAGCCACAGCAGCUGUGCAGUGCCGUGGUUGGUGGCGGUGUCGCCCCUGGUCCCAAUGCCAUACAAUUACCCGCAAAUGCCACAAUAGCCCAACAGCAAACCGAACAGCGAACCUGGAGUUUCUACAGUGCCGAAACGGCAGCUGGUGCUGGCGGCGCCGAGCAACGUCUUCCAAUCGAAACAGCCGCAGCGGCUGCCAUGCAACAGACCUACUACCAAACAUUGCCAGCCGGUGCCAUGUUCCGUCACACAAUGAUCCAUCAGCAACAGGGGCCCGCCGACGAGGCAAUGCUUUAUGCCCAAAAUUGCCAGGCGAUGGCCACGACAAUUGAACCGCAACCCCAGCCCCACUAUGGACACUAUGCCCGCAGUCCAACACGUCGUCCCGAAUCGCCACCACCCUUGCGCAACUAUCAUCAGACCAUGGUUCUGAUUCCAUACAACGCCGAGACGUAUUCACAGUUUGCCGCCACGAAUAUCGAUCCUAAAAUGGCCCAUAUGCAACGUCAGAAUAUUUUGGAAUACCAACAGGUAGGCGAGAUGACACAAGUCACACAACAAACCAUACGUGUGCCAAUUGGCUAUGCCCUACCCGGUAUGCAGUUACAUGUUGUGGCCGGUCGUGGCCAACAUACUACCGCCCAAUAUGCCACAGCCCCGGUGCAGGGACAACAUCGACAUCAUCAUCAGAUUUUGACCCAGCAACGUUAUCAAUUCGCUCAAGAUGCCAACAGUAUGGCGGGAGGAUUCAGUGAACGUGGUGUGCCCGAGGGUGCAGCUGCCGUUUCGCACAGUGAUUGUUCGAGCAGUGGCAUGGUUUCGCCAACAACGGCUCAACAAAUGUCGUCGAUGGCCCAGCAGCAGCAGCAACAGGGUCAGCAGCAACAAAAUUCCCAAAUGCAGCAGCAACAACAAAUGAGUUGUCAACAGCAGCAGCAGAUGCAGCAACAGCAUCAGAUGGUGCAGCAGCAACAACAGGCCCAACAACAAAGUCAGGUGCAAAAUAAUGUUCAGACCGCCGCCGCAGCCGCCACAGCUCAGGGUUCCGUGUAUUAUGCAAUGAAUGUAUGACCCGCAGUCGAUUAGUCCAUAUCAACGGCGGUAAUUGUCGAACGCCGCCAAUGUCAACGUGUCGAAAUGUCUGCAACAUCGGUGCAGCUGAGCACCCGGUAGAGUGAGAUUUGCGGAAGUGGAGUCGUUAUGGCGGUAAGAUAA